AUGGCCACUGCCUACGCUCAGACUCCCAGCGCCCUCCAAUCGCCCCGACAGCAAUACCUGCAGCCUACUCCACAAUCACAGCGGAGACACGCAUCUAGACGGAAGUUUGCAGCGGAAUUCUCACAGUGCCUUUAUGAGUUUGUCAUACAGCUCCUCCCGACCCCAGAGGAGUUGAUGGUAAAGGAGGACGUCCGAAAGCUUCUUGAGCAAUUGAUCCGCACCAUCGAGCCUGACAGCCGGCUUUUGUCGUUUGGCAGCACGGCGAACGGGUUUAGCCUACGCAAUUCAGACAUGGACUUGUGUUGUCUGAUCGAUUCGGAGGAGAAACUUGCGGCUUCGGAUUUGGUCAAUAUGCUGGGAGAUUUGCUCGAGAGAGAAACCAAGUUCCAUGUCAAGCCGCUGCCACAUGCUCGAAUACCCAUCGUCAAGCUGUCGCUCGAUCCAGCGCCUGGUCUGCCGUUAGGUAUUGCCUGUGAUAUCGGAUUCGAGAACAGACUCGCGCUGGAAAAUACGCGUCUCCUCAUGUGCUACGCCAUGAUCGACCCUGCUCGCGUUCGGACGAUGGUCCUAUUCUUGAAAGUUUGGAGCAAACGCCGGAAGAUCAAUUCACCAUACAAAGGGACUCUGUCAUCAUAUGGAUAUGUCCUUCUCGUCAUCUAUUUCCUUGUACAUGUAAAGAAUCCACCUGUUCUGCCAAACCUGCAGCAAAUGCCGCCUCUUCGUUCAAUAUCACAUGAGGACACCCACCUAAAUGGUCAUAAUAUAUGGUUUUUUGAUGACAUAGAGCUACUACGACAACGUUGGAAAUCGUCGAGCACAGAAAGCGUGGCUGAGCUCCUUAUUGAUUUUUUCAAGUUUUACUCUCGCGACUUUACGUACAGUACCGGUGUAGCCUCCAUUCGAGCAGGAUUGCUUAGCAAGGACAGCAAGGGAUGGGCGAACGAAUUCGACAAGGGAGACCCGAGAGAACGGAAUCGUCUAUGUAUCGAAGACCCUUUCGAGAUCGACUACAAUGUAGCGAGAUGCGUUACCAGGGAUGGCCUAUACACCAUCCGGGGAGAGUUCAUGCGAGCAUCACGCAUCCUCGCAGCCUGUCCCGACAGGGCGGUCGUUGCCAUCUCCGAGCUCUGUGAAGAGCGGCUGGACGAGGAGCUG